AUAGACCGCUUCACUACAAUAAUAACCCGACCUUCUAGACGAGCCACGGUUUUGUACCGCACUAUAAAUCGGCGCCGCCCCGCCAUGCAAAUCAGCACCAACACACAGACGCUUGUGUGUGUUCUUCGGUUUGGGAGUACUGCACCAAAGCAACAAGCAAUGGCAGCUCUCCGCGCGCUCGUCGUCGGCAUCGCCAUCGCCGCCGCACAUUGUUGGGUCGCCGGCGGCACGGCGACCAAGGGCCCGGUGACGUACGUGUUCGGCGACUCGAUGUCGGACGUGGGGAACAACAACUACUUCCAGCUCUCCCUCGCCAGGUCCAACUACCCCUGGUACGGCAUCGACUACCCCAACGGCGUCGCCACCGGGAGGUUCACCAACGGCAGAACCAUUGGAGACUACAUGGCUGCCAAGUUUGGCAUCCCACCCCCGCCGCCGUUCCUCUCCCUGUCGAUGGCCGACGACGACUUCCUCGCCGGCGUCAACUUCGCGUCUGGUGGCGCCGGCAUUCUGAACGAGACCGGCGUCUACUUUGUGGAGUACUUCUCGUUCGACGAGCAGAUAUCGUGCUUCGAGACUGUGAAGAGGGCGAUGAUAGCCAAGAUCGGCAAGGAGGCCGCCGAGGAGACCGUCAACGCAGCGAUGUUCCAAAUUGGUCUCGGGAGCAACGACUACAUCAACAACUUCCUGCAGCCGUUCAUGGCGGACGGCACCACGUACACGCACGACCAGUUCAUCCGCCUCCUCGUCGCCACUCUAGACCGCCAGCUCAAGAGGCUGUACGGGCUCGGGGCGCGGAAGGUGGCGUUCAACGGGCUGCCCCCGCUGGGCUGCAUCCCGUCGCAGCGCGUCAAGUCGGCCACCGGGGAGUGCAUAGCCCAGGUGAACAGCUACGCCGUGCAGUUCAACGCCGCCGCCAAGAAGCUGCUCGACGGCAUGAACGCCAAGCUGCCCGGCGCGCAGAUGGCGCUCGCCGACUGCUACUCCGUCGUCAAGGAGCUCAUCGACCACCCAGAGAGAAACGGGUUCACGACGUCCGACACGUCGUGCUGCGGCGUGGACACCAAGGUCGGGGGCCUCUGCCUGCCGGAUUCGACGCCCUGCCGCGACCGCAAGGCGUAUGUGUUCUGGGACGCGUACCACACCUCCGACGCCGCCAACCGGGUCAUCGCCGACCGCCUCUGGGCCAGCAUGACGACGGCGAGCGCUCCGGCUCCGGCUCCUGCUGCUCGCGCCGGCGCGCCAGGGCCAGCCGCGGUGCCGGCGCCUUCUCCUUCUCGGGCUUAAAGAGUUAAACCCGAAUUGAUGUUGAUCGAUUUCGCGUGUUUACUUCGGACAGUGUUUUAGUUUACGGAUUUGCAGUCCCUUAGUUUAAGCUGUGAGAUGUGGGUGAAAUACCGCAAUAUACGAUUUUUUUACAUCAAUUUAUACGAGUUGUUGUUUGGUAGCGAAGGGGACGAAAUGUGUACGAGGAUCACUUACACGGGGCCUGUUUCCACACGUGGAUCAUUCUGAGAUUCGGUCCUACACGUGUCUAUAAAUACUCAAAUUUGUGCCACUGUCAUGUGUGGCGGCGUAGUGCACUCGUGUGCCUGCAAAAUUAUACUCAGAGUGCUGCUAUACGGACCACGAUGUCCAGCCGAUUCUUGCACGAUGGCAUGGAUCCAACCACACAUGAACAUGAACAAGUGUAGCACACCCGCUGUAUUAAGAGUCGGCUGCAAAUCAGGCAGUAAGCGUAGGUUGCAGAGUAGUUCCGAUUAUAUUCCUUCGGUUUCAUGAUAUAGUGCAUAUGAAUUUUCUGAUAAGACAAACUAAGGAAAGUUUGACAAAGUGCAUUUGGUACAUAUUCGGAAAUAUCAACACUAAUGUAGCACCAAAUUAUAAAUUGAAUGGUAGCUAACAAAACAAUAAUUGAUAAAUCUAGCCGCGCAAAUGCAUGGGUCACCCAGCUAGUUUAUAUCUACAAUACCAAAUGUAUACAAUAUGAAAAAUUAAUUCAUGAUGUAUCUCAUGAUAUGCAUUUAGUACUCAAAUGUAAAUAGUUUUCUCUUUAAAAAUGGUCAAACUUUAUGAAUUUAUGGUGUCCUAGGAGUGGUGUACUACACGUAUAAAGAAAUUAUCAAUUCUUGUGGUCUUUUGAUGGUGAAAAUCACUUCGGGUCAUUCGGUUAGAUUGUCAUGUCAGAUUUUAUUUUGUUAUUCAUAUGCCAAAUCUUUCCAUAAUAAUAAAGCGGCUAGUGGUUCUGCCAGCCCGCUCAUCGUCACGCAUUUUUUGCAAAAAAGCCCCUGUGAUUUUGUGUAUUGAACCUGCAAUCCAUCAUUAAUCUGCGAAGAAAAAACGGUUCGCUGGAAAAAAAUACCCGUACGCUUCCCUCGCCUCGACCCUGCCUUGCCGAGCCAAAUCCCCUAGCCGCCGCCGCACCACUCGCCGCCGCCGCCGCCGCCGCACCUCUGCCCGCUCGCCGCCCCUGCCGCAGCGCUCGAGCGCAGCUUCUGGCUCAGGUCAGCGCGGCGGCUCGAGGGGCUGGGGACGAUGCGUCUGCUCGGUGCAGACCGGCGGCGGCGGGAUCCAGCGGGCGCGGGAGAAGGAGGUAUCCGGCGCGGCGGGAGAGGUCCUUGCAGGUGGAGGCAGGCCUCCAUGGCUGGCAAGGAGAGCUCCAAGGUCAUGGCGGGGCUUUGAUUUUUCUGGUAUAAAAGAGAGACAGAGGGGGAUCCAGGGAGGAGGAGAGGUAGGAGAAGAAGGACGGGGAAGAAGGAAGGGUGCGGCAGGGGUGCAGCGGUGCGAGGGCACUGGUCUCGCGCGUGAGGAGCGCCUCUCCUCGGGAGGAUAGGGAGGGAGCGAGUGAAACUCAAAUCCACUUCAGAUCAAGGUAAUGUUGUAGAAGUACGAAGAAGCAAGCUGACCAGAUGUACACGUACUAGCCGGCAACGACGAUGAAGCAAGCCAACCAGAUGUGCACGAAACUACCAUACAUCAUGCCUGAUUGAUCUUCCGGUACGUGUUCCAUUGGCUAAUAGCCCAUGCUAGCUAGCUAGCAACCAUGUAAAUUUCCCACGCUUGAUCGAUUCCUUUAGCACUUUAUUAAUUUUAUAUGUUCUCAUGGUUAUCUAGAUAAUACUAACUGUUGAUGUUUCUUUCACGCAUACAUGGCUUUGCUAGGAGUUUUUCCACUGGUGAGGUCUGAACUCUGAAUAUUAUGAACUUAUAAGGAUAAAUCUUAUAGCAGAUCAAAAUCAUAGUCCACGCAAAAAAAGAUCAGAAUCAUGGUUGUGCUGAUUCUAUAGGGGCCUCAUGAUGGUUUGUGUUCUUUUAUUCAAAUGAAAAAACCAAGAUUAUUAUUGUAACUGUUACAGUUGUACUAGCAGGAUUAUCCUAGAAGCUGUGUCAAUUUUUCAUCAAUUGAUAACACAAUAAGGUAGUGAAUCAUCUUUAUAGACUGUACCAUGCCUAGAUUGGUUGACUUGGAUCAUGUGUAUGUCUUAAACUUUUAGAAAAUUCUGACUUUUUAUGCUAAGCUCGUAUUUGAAGAUACAAGUUGAGGUCUGUCUUGGGACAGUGUGACUAAAAAACGAACCUUCAGUUUCUGCAAUCUGAAGAAAAAAGCUGCAAUCUAAAGCCUUCUAUAAGAAUAUCAUCACAGAGUAGAUCAAAAAGUUGGAGCGGCGAGAUAACAGUACUGAUUGAUUUUGAUAUGCUGAAAAUUUGCCAAAGUUGAGUCGCCAGGAAUUUGACGUAGCGUGUGAGGAUUUUAGCAACAUAAUUGGCUCAACUCCGGAGAAUGUAGUCUACAAAGGAGCAAUGAAGGAUGGACCUGAGGUUUCUUUCAUAUUACUAUUCUCCUUUGAAGGUCAUUGGACUAGCCAGCAUGAGCUCUUUUACCAAAACAAGGUUAUUGAUAUGGCAAGGUUGAAUCAUGAAAACAUAGCAAAGUUUCUGGACUAUUGCAGAGAGAGUGACCCAUUCUCGAGGAUGUUAGUCUUUGAGUACGCAUCAAAUGGGACCCUGUAUGAGCACCGUACCUACACUAUGGGGAAGUGGCCCAAUUCUCUUGGCUCAGACGAAUGAAAAUAGCCAUCGGCAUCGCCCAAAGUUUAAGGUAUCUGCACACCGAGUCGCGGCCUCCUUUCGCUAUAUCAGAGCUGAAAUCCAAUUCAGUAUACGUUCCAGAAGAUUUUACCCCCAAGAAAUCAUUCUUAUGAACAGGCUGACGACGUCAUCUACUGAAGCCCCACCGGCGACGCGAUGGGAGAGCUCCAACCUGUACGUGGGUGUGGGGACGCAGAUCCGCGUCGCCAGCCUACACAAGGCCAUGGUCAAGGUGCCGACGCAGGGUUCAUCAUCCGUCUUCGUCAGUGUUAAAGAAGAUGGAUUUUUACCUGAAUAAAUUGCGUGUAUAGAUAUGUAGAGGAUGAACUCAACAAGCGGAUCUUUCAAGGUGACUUUGUAUGUGAUUUCUACUUCUAAAAAUUAGAAAAUACCUUCAGAUCAAAGCAGCGGAUUUGUAGAUUUCUGGGUAUUGGUUACUCCAUCUCCAUCCAGCUUACGGUCUUUGGUCACUGAUUCUAAGCAUUGGGAAUGGCUGAACAGGGGACGACCAGGAUUACGAUGAGGGCGAGACGUUGAAGCUGGCGUCGGCAACUUUGACCGCAACCGCGACCUUAACAUCGACCAUGGGAGCGAGGCGUCAGCCCUUGACAUAGACCGUGUUGGCCCCUUGUGUUUCUGACCAGCCGCGCUCCGGUUCCGGCAGCUCCCAUUCCAGUCGAUCCCUUCCGGGUGCCUUCAGAUCGCUAAUGAUACUAAGAUUGCAUGAGUCCAUGAAGCAAGCAAUAAUCUAUCUCAAAAUAUUGUGUCCAAGCAUAUAACGGUUCAUCAAUUUUCGAAAUGAGACUAUUGCUAUGUAGCACGCUGACAAGACAAGAGAAUAAUUCUUGCAUAUGUCUGAGCUAUGCCGCCUCCCACCAAACUCGAGCUCGGCGCUCUCGCAUGCAAGGCUAAGCUAUCUCCACCGACUCCUUUUUCUGUCCGAGCUCCUCCCUACCCUGGCAAAACCAAAUGCUACAAUCUCCUUUUUUUGGGAUUCUAAAACUUAUGUCAGUUCACUGUCAUGGAUAGAUUAGUGAUAAUGAGGUUAGGAUCACUACAUUGGAGAGGAUGAGGAGCUAUACUGGCUACGAGAUGUUGCUUGAGCAUUUCCAGCAGUGGCAGUAGACACAUGUGGCAGCACUUCUGGGUAGAUUUUGUCCAUUUACUUUUUGUAUCCUUUGAAUUUGAAUAUUCUGUGCAAUUGAGUCUAAAUAUGCUCAAAUUAAUCUUGUACACUCUGAAUAAAAUUAAUGUUUUGUAUCUUACUAAA